AUGCCGGCCGGCGGCAUGAGGCAUGCGGUCGUCACGCCCGACGACCAUGGCCCUAUCAUCCAUAUCGUGACAUGGUUUAUCAUGGUGGUGAUGAUUCUCGCAACGACGCUCCGGCUGUCAGUCCGAUACUUGACUGCCCAUAUUCCGGGCAUGGACGACGUGAUCGUUGUAGCCUCGAUGCUUGUUAAUGUCGGCGGUGUCAUCGCGAUAUCCGCGGCCGUCAACAAUGGACUAGGACGACGCGAAUCUAAGCUGAGCGCAGAGCAGAGAAUGGAACUUGGAAAGGGUGUAUUCGCAUCGUCGAUACUCUACAUUUUAGCAAUCUCACUAGCCAAACUCUCAACACUCAGCUUUAUUGCGAGGGUGGUGCCAGUCAACAAGUGCAGACACCAGAUUCGAGGAGCGCUGGUGUUUUUGCUGGUUUGGACUGCGGUAUCGAUAAUUACUUAUGGAUUUCAAUGCGGAGGCUCAGCUCCCUGGGCUUAUCCAUCCAAGGCAAAGUGUUUCGACACGGUUGCAUUCUGGAUCGCUGCCACGGUCAUAGACGUGCUUACUGAUAUAUGUCUGAUCGUUGUCCCAGCGUGGAUUGUUUGGGACCUCCAUAUGAACAAGACACAGAAAAGAAUCGUUAUUGGAGUGUUCGCUAGCAGAGGAGUGGUCAUUGCCGCCUCUAUCGUCAGAGCAAGAUAUCUCAAAGAUAUAAAUGGUUCGCUGGACCGAAGCUUCGACAGUGUUCCCUACCAUGUCGCAACGCAGUGUCACACGAUGCUUAAUACGAUAAUAACGUGUCUUCCAGGGUUCAAGCCAUUCAUGGACCGCGCAAACACCGGAUUGCUUAGUAUUUCUUUCAAGAGUCGAAUGGUUCCUGGGAUAUACGACAACACUCUACGAGGUAUUGCCUUGAGCAGUCUAAGAAGGGUUGGUAACGCACGAGUCCCUGGGGUAUCCGGGCCGCGACCUCUCAGGAACGUCAAGGGCUCGAUACGGGAUAAGUUCGGCGGUGGUCAGAGAUCCUUUAGGCCUGACGAAUACGGCCAGCAAACCACCGACGUUUUCUCGGAAAGCAGAGUACUCAACGAUAGCGGUCGGUCUCAGGUUGGAGACGAUGGAUCCGACAAGCUAAUUAUUCGAUAUACAACAGACUGGACUGUGCAUGUGCAGGAUGAACACCGGUCACAAUCAGAUCCGGCCAGCAGUCGAACGGCUUGA